GCUCCGUCCAGACGACCUGUAACAAUCCAAUCCAUGUCAUAUUACAAAUUGCAUCCAUUCCUACAGAGCAGAAAAGAGCGAGAACAGCAUUGCCCUCGCCCUUUGUUCUUGCUGUAACGUCCAUUUGCCUCCGAAUUACGCUUCGUGUCUGCACCUACCGACUCAUUUUCUGCACAGCUCGAUACCACCAUUAGAUAUGUCUUUCAUUGUGAGCCCUGGGUCUUUGCCUUUGCAUCGUCAUUGUUUCAUAGAUUGGUUUACUUUUGAGUGUUUUCUUGGAGUGUUCGGAAAGACCUUAUGUUACUUAUUCCACGAAGUUGAUAUGCUCGAUGCUGUGCUUUAUAGACUUGACCUGAUCAUUCAUACCGUUCACUCCUUCUCUGUCCUUUUUUUGGUAGUUGAGUUCAGCAAAUGCAUGGCCGGUGAUUUGAACGGAAUUGAAAUACCCAUUCCUUAUCCUUAUCUGGUUUCUGAAUGCACGGAGCGUCACUCUUGGACUCCCUGCAUCUUGACAAGUAUCCCAUUCAAGGCCUGGCCUUGAACUAUUUUCCAGAAAGAAUUUCUUGAUUUCAGCUUUGGCUAUUGUAACGCCCUACCCACAGUACAGCUACCGGCAUGUCCC